CUUGUCAGGUGACUCAUGAAAGUGAAACUAUUACAGCAGUAUGUUUUGUCGUAUGAGGAAGUAAACUACAUUAAGAGAGAAAAACACAAGGAAACCAUGGCCUCCAGAAUGAAUCUCUCUGAAGAACAUGACACACAGAUAAAGACAGUCAAGAGUCAGAUUCAGGGGCGUGAAUCAGAUUUAUCUGAACACAUGGAUGUGUCUGUGAGGAAAAACCCAGCGAUGGAUCUUUCAGAUCUCUGCAGAGAGGAAGACUCUUCUGUUGAGUCCAGUCUGUGUCAGAAUGAAUCUCCUGAACCCAGCUGUGUGUCCAUGAAGAGUGAUGCGUCAAUGACUCGUCCAAUUCAAUUCAGUUUGGGAGACACAUCUGCUGAUCUGAGUCAAAAACAUAAAGGACCGGAAUCAUAUACAGCAAAGAAGAACUUAGACUCCAUUUUUAAGGAGAUUGAGCACAAAAUCAUCUCUGAGUUAAAAAGCUUUAAGAGACUACUGAGUCCAGAUUACCCAGAAUCCUCUGAAAGAGACCGUUAUGAUGAUGAGGGUCAUAGCAGAGUCAGAGAGGGGCUUCUGAAGAUCACACUGCUCAUCCUGAGGAAGAUGAACCAGACAGACCUCGCUAACACACUACAGACCAAACUGAUGCCUGUGUCUCAACAAAAACUCAGAUCCAGACUACAGGAUAAAUAUCAGAGAAUCAGUGAAGGACUGUCCAAUCAUGGAGACUCAACACGUCUGAAUGAGAUCUACACAGAGCUCUACAUCACAGAGGGAGGCAGUGGAGAGGUCAAUAAUGAACAUGAGGUGAGACAGAUUGAGACAGUGUCCAGGAGACCAGAGACACAGGAGACACCAAUCAACUGCAAUGACAUAUUUAAACCUCCCGGACAAGACAAACCCAUCAGAACUGUGCUGACUAAAGGAGUCGCUGGAAUUGGAAAAACAGUCUCUGUGCAGAAGUUCAUUCUGGACUGGACUGAAGGAAAAGCCAAUCAGGACGUUCACUUCAUAUUUCCACUUCCCUUCAGGGAGCUGAACUUGAUACAGAAACAUCUCAGUCUUGUGGAUCUUCUAAACCACCUUCACACAGAAACCAAAGAAUUAAAGUCAGCAGAUUAUGAGAACUACAAAGUCAUGUUCAUAUUUGAUGGUCUGGAUGAGUGUCGACUGCGUCUAGAUUUCCAAAACAAUCGGAGCUUGUCUGAUGUGACAGAACCAGCUUCAGUGGAUGUGCUGCUGACCAACCUCAUCAAGGGGAACCUACUUCCUUCUGCUCUCCUCUGGAUCACCUCUCGACCAGCAGCAGCCAAUCAGAUCCCUCCUGAGUGUGUCCACCAGGUCACAGAGGUACGAGGAUUCAACGACCCUCAGAAGGAGGAAUAUUUCAGGAAGAGAAUAAAUGAUCCGAGUCUGGCUGAUAGAAUCGUCACACACAUCCGAUCAUCAAGAAGUCUGUUCAUCAUGUGUCACAUCCCAGUCUUCUGCUGGAUUUCAGCCGCUGUUCUGGAGAGGAUGAUGGGUAAAGCAGAGAGUGCAGAGAUCCCCAAGACUCUCACACAGAUGUUCACACACUUUCUGAUCUUUCAGACCAAACUGAAGACACAGAAGUAUGAUGGGAAAUAUGAAAUCAAUCCUGAUCAGGCUAGAAAGACUAUUCUGUCUCUAGGAAAACUGGCUUUUGUACAGCUGGAAAAAGGGAACCUGAUCUUCUAUGAGAAGGACCUGAAAGAGAGCGGCAUUGAUGUCAGAGAAGUGUCAGUGUACUCAGGAGUUUGUACCCAGAUCUUCAGAGAGGAGUUUGGACUGCAGCUGGGGAAGGUGUUCAGCUUUGUUCAUCUGAGUGUUCAGGAGUUUCUUGCUGCUUUAUUCAAGCUGCUGUCCUUUUCUAAACAAAACACAGGACUGAAGAAUGUGUUCAGGUCCCCAAUGAGCAGUUUACUGAAGAGAGAAGUGGACAAGGCCUUACAGAGUGAGAACGGACGCUGGGAUCUUUUCCUCCGGUUCCUUCUAGGUCUCUCACUAGAGUCUAAUCAGACUCUCUUACAAGGCCUCCUGAGAAAGACAGUAAGCAGCUCUGAUAUCAGUCAGGAAACAGCUGCAUACAUCAAACAGAAGAUCAGGGAAAAUCGCUCUCCAGAGAAAUCCAUCAAUCUGUUCCACUGUCUGAAUGAACUGAAUGAUCGUUCACUAGAGCAGGAAGUACAAACAUACCUGAGCGGAAGAGAUUACAAUCGUCUCUCUGGAGUCUCUCUGUCUGCUGCUCAGUGGUCGGCUCUGGUGUUUGUGCUGUUGAACUCACAACAAGAUCUGGAUGAGUUUAUACUGAGGAAAUAUCAUUGAUCAGAAGAAUGUCUUCUGAGGCUGCUGCCAGUGAUCAAAGCAUCUAGAAAGAUUGAGCUGAGUUACUGCAGUAUUGGAGAGGAAGGCUGUGCUGCACUGAUUUCAGCUCUGAGAUCAAACCCCUCACACCUGACAGAACUGGAUCUGAGCUAUAAUACACCAGGAGACUCAGGAGUGAAGCUGCUCUCUGCUCUACUGGAGGAUCCAAACUGUAAAAUGGAGAAACUAUGGCUGAUUAAGUGCAGUAUUGGAGAGGAAGGCUGUGCUGCUCUGAUUUCAGCUCUGAGAUCAAACUCCUCUCACCUGACAGAACUGAAUCUGAGACUUAAUACACCAGGAGACUCAGGAGUGAAGCUGCGCUCUGCUCUACUGAAGGAUCCACACUGUAAACUGAAGAAACUACAUAUUUGACAGUGGAAACUCCACAAGCUCCAAACAACUGAAUCAAAACAACACGUCCUGAACAAGACUGAAUUUGUCACCUGGACAAAUGCUGAUAUUGUAGUGAAUUUGCUUUCAUCACCUUAGGGAGGUGAAAUAGUGCAGUGAUGGGUACAUGUCACUGCUGACAUUAUGAGUUUUAGAUCAUGUGUCACUUAAGGUGUGGUUAUGAGUACAUCACAUAAGAAAGAUUGGUGGGAAACCUAACUUAUCGAGCCUCUUUCUGUAUCAUUAACACAAGGAAGACACAAGUGUAAUAAAAUUAGUUGUAUUAAGAAUAGAUAAACAAAUGUAAUCAACAACUACUGAAUAAAAAAACAUGAAUGAAAAAGCAAAAGUAAUAAAGUAAUAAAGUGCAUAAGUUGCAUAAAAUG